AUGCUUAAGGAUGCAGACAUGGUUGACCCGCCUGCUGGGAUAUUUAUUCGUUCGUGCGCGCAGUCUCCAAUUACUCGAACAAAUAACCAUCAUGAUCGUCUCCGUAUCCCGCGAAUCCAAGCCGCGUCUCCAGCAAUGUGCGCUGACUGUUGGUUGCGCUCGACCUCUGGUGGUGCGUCUCUCGACUUCCUUCCGACAUCAACCGCGUUUACUCUCCCACUCUUCCCAAAUCCUGUUGCUUGGAACUGUCAGUUUCAUCCAAUUCCAUUUGCUAUAUUACCACUCGUCCUCUCGUUUGAUGCUUCGCCAUCCUUGUAUCGGCGCUUCCGUUUCAUGUUUUGA